AUGGACGCAAAGGACUCGGCUCAGGCUGCCGAUCUUCCCGUCAGCUCAAUAGCUGUGACUGGGCAGCCAAAAUCUACACCAGAACAUGGCGGAGACAAGUCUAACGACUUCAGCAUCCGUAGUGGCUCUCGGCAAGCAGUCAACGAUGACGACGAGGAAGAGGAGGGAAUGCUCAAAGUAGACGAGGAGGGUCAGAUUGACGAAGAUGACGGCAUCCACUCCAAGACGGUCAGCACUGCCCCAUCCAGCACCACCAAGAAUGGCCAUUCAUCUCCAAGACACACUUCCUCCGACCGCGACCGAUACCAUGACGCUUCACCAGGCCCGUCUUCAUCCUAUGCCCCACCGCGCUCCAGGUUUGGGCACCCUGCAGAUGCCGGAUCCUCGUAUGGCGCAGCAGCUUCGGCAUAUGCAUACCCACCAAGAGACCGCGAUGCCGCUCGGCCAGAGCCAUAUGCAUCGGGUUCCCGUACCAGUUUCGCCGGAUCAGCACAUCGAGCAGACAACGCGCGCAGCUGGUAUCCUGCGUCAUCCGGCACGCCGACACCUCGAGGAUCUGACACGUACCGCCCCGGUGCAAAUCGUGACCGCGAACGAGGAAGAGAUAGAGACUGGGACUCGUACCGCGAUGGCGACAGGGACAGAGACUGGGAGCGCGAGAGGGAAUCGUAUCGAGACACCGUGGACAAGCGUCGCGACUGGCCAUCUCGCGAGAGAGGUGCACCUCCCUCCGUCUACGAAGCGAGCGACUCGUAUGCACCAUAUCCAGUCUCAGCAACCAGCAAGUACGGAUAUGAGGCCCGCGAUUAUGCCGACCGACGGGCUGCAUCGCCCUCCGCCAACCUCGGCAGAGACCGCGACUUUGACUCCGAUCGAUCCAGAGACAGGGAUCGCGAUCGUGUGAGCGAGCGAGACCCUCCCGCACGGGAACCGAGCUCGGGUCGGGCUUCUGGUGGGAUGCGACAAUGGGGCAAACCGACAGAUGCCUCCAUUCGUGGUCCAGCAUCCGAAGAUGCCCGCUCCGACACGUCACAGCGUCAGUCUACGUCCCGCUCUAACACCACGCCUCCGGAAGCCGGCACCAAGCCGGUCGCAUCCGAUCUCGCCGCCGAGAAAGGCGAGGUCACGAGCAGGGAUGUGUCUCCGCAACCAACGCUUCAGACCAACGAGGGCAACAGAGAGGAGGCAGAGGCAGCGGCGCCACUACCAAGCGAGGUCGCUCCGCUUGCCCCAUCAGCUGCGUCAGGCGCACAAGACGCAAAGGCGGAAGAUCCAGCUGCAAGGGUGCGUGCGUCAGAGGCUCAGAGUGACGGUGUCUCCGAACAAGUUGCAGCAGAGUCAGCAAAACAGGACAACGCAGGAUCUACCGCAGGGCCUUCAGCAGCAGCAACGCAACUCACCACCGAGCAGACCCUAGGCGACAACAUCUCUACUGCAGAAAUAUCUCCGCCAAGCGCUGGGGGGAGUGGCACCGUCGAGCUUGCGCAACCGAACGAGAAGCCUACCAAGAAUCAGGACGAGGAUACACCAGGACACCAAGUUCCGGCAGUCGCGGAGGCUCCGGCAGAUCCGUCGCCGGCGGACAUUGAAGUUCCACAGCCUGAGUCACAAGAUGGCCUUCCGUCGCAGCCCGAAACGAACGAGGCACAGCUGUCCGGCAAAGCAAGCGGCGAUGCGGAGCAGGUCAACGCCAGUGCAGCCCCGCUAGCACAAGCUCCGUCGAAGGAGGACGCCAGUCAUACAGCAGUAGAGACGCUACCAAGCUCAACGGAAAUCACUAAUGUGGGCGUACCGAGCGAAACAGCCUCCUCGCACAUUCAAGACGAGCCCAUGCAGAGCCAGGCUGACGAAGUGACGCAAUCUCAGGUCAAUCAGCAAAGCGAUGCCCAAGCAACGCAGCUGCCCACAACAAUCGCAGACGACUCCAAGACCGAGGACGCCAGAGCGUCAACGGCCAUGCACGAAUCCGUGCCGUGCGUCACCAACGAAUUGGUCUCCACUGCUGUGUCCGAGCUUCAGGAUGCUCGCGUCAAAGCAACCGAACAAUCAGCAGCAGCUGUGCAGGCGCCUGCUUCGGCGGACCUGGAUACAGGCAAGCAAUCUGACGGAGCUACUGCCGAUGUCGAGAUGCCGGAUGCUGCGCAGCAGCAAGAGCAGGCGCAGGAGCAGCCGGCAAAGGCAGACGCCGGUGCAACCGAUUUAGCUGUCGCUCCGCCUACUCCGGUCGAGGCAGAGGCGGACCUUGACAUAGAGGGCAUAUCCACGGUCAGCGCCACUGCAGAGGGCAUGGUGCCCGACGUUACGCAGAUUCCGGCUAGCAGUGCUGCUGAUGGCAUCACCGGCGAGCAACCAGUCGACAAGCCGAGUGAAGCUGCAGAUGCUAGACCAGAAGAUGACGUUGAGAUGGAGUCAGUGGACCAGACUCCCGUCGAGAGCUCCGCGCCAGAAGCGCCGAUGGAAGCGGCUGAAAAGAGUACGGUCGUCGACGAGACGCCCGUCAAGCCUCUAGAAAGCGCAAAUGGACCCGUAAAUCCCGGCACAACUGAGCCCGCGCCUUCGUCUGCCGAACUUAAAGUCAAGACAGAAGAAGAGCAGCCGGCUCAGGUCGGCGACGCUUCGAUGACAGAGGCUUCAGUCGAGACAAUUUCGAGCGAUCUCCCGGUGGAGCAAGACAGCAAGAUCGAGGGCCCAAUCGAUGAGCCAGGCCGGGCCGCUGACGCUGACGCAGCGAGCGUUGUCGAAGCCGCUUCGGCCGUCGUCCCUGUGUCAGAGCCUCAAGUAGUCGAGGCCAGUCUGCCGCCAUCAUUUUCCUCGCAGGUCCAGGUCUCGGGGCCCCAUGUCACCGCCAGCAUCGACGUCCAAGCGCAGACACAAGAGAUCACACUGCCCCACGUCGACUAUGGCGACGACAAAGAAGCUCGAGCACUCGCAGAACAGGAGACGGCCAGAAUCGAGGAAGUUGAGAUGCCUGCACCGGACGGGGAAGAGCCCUCCCUGCGCAUCGCCGAGAUCGACGAUACCGACAGAGACAUCGAGCCACCUCUGAUGACGCCCUCCACUCAGGAGCAAAUGGAUAAAGCGAUCCACUUCGCUCUUCGUCAUCACAUCGCAGAGGACAAGAUACUCAAAGACGACUGGAAGAGGAUCCUGAAAGAAAACCAGAUCGUGUCACAAAGGACGACAAUGGACGUUCUCAAAGCCAAGAUCUACGGAAUUCCGCUCCUUGUCAGCUCUGACCAGCCUCUGUGGCUCGAAGAGGACGACAAGCAGGCGGAGCGUAUCAAAGCCCAACUGUUUCCUCAGUUGCUGGACCGCAAGAAGCGUCUCAACGCAAAGAUCGAAAGCCUCAAGAAAAGCUAUCGUAGCAUCAACGAAGAGUGGAAGCUGCAUUGCCAACGACUGGAUCGUAGCGCCGAGCGUCGCGAAUUGCUUCGCAGACCGCCGGCCAACACGCCCGCAGGUACACCUGGCGUCUUUGGCGUCGAAGAGCCGUCUCCCGGUGGUGGCGGCGGCGGCGGUGGAGGCAGUUUACUCAGUGCCUCGCUGACCACAGGUCGAGCUAACCGUCGCAGCGCUCAGACAGGCGGAUUCGCUGGCUUCGGGGAUGCCGUUCGGUCGGAGGCCGAAUUCCUCGAGAUCCUCGCCAGCUUGGAGAAUGCCGACAUGCAGGACCCGAACAUGCGAGCUGCGCGCACCACCGCGACCGCACCGGACAUGGCCAUCAAUGUCGACUCAGACCAGCUCACCAAGCUGCGAUACGACGAUCUGAAUGGACAUGUCGCGGAUCCACUCGCCUUCUACCUGGACGAAUUUGACCCUGAUGUCUGGUCGGAGGAGGAAAAGGCCAUCUUUGCGCGCCGCUAUGCCUUGUGGCCCAAGCAAUUCGGCAGAAUCGCACAAGCUCUCCCACACAAAACACCGGCUCAAUGCGUGCGCUACUACUACCUCAACAAGAAGGUGCCCGGCAACGACUUCAAGGCUCUGGCCGCUGCCAGGAACAGGGAGAGGAAGCGCAAGGCCCGCGUCAAGCCCAAGAAGGCCAAGGGCAGCGCACUGAUGGCCGAUCUGAAGUCUGCGAAGGGCGAAGAGGCCGACGAUGUCGAGGACGGAUCUGGUAUGCGUUCGCCCGUCGAGGCGGUCGAUCCAUCCGCGUCACUGGCCGACGUUCCCAUCCCAAGCAAUGGCCGCAGGGGCGGUCGCGCUCGCAUGGUUCCAGCGAUCGUCGAAGGCAACUCCGAGGAAGUCGCAGCGGGCCGCAAACGCACCGCUGAUCAGGGUGAGUCCGACACCAAGGGCGUAGAUGCCAAGUCCGACAAGCGCAAAUCUGGGCCCAAGUCGAAGCGCGCCAAGUCCGACAGCGCCAGCGCGACGGAAAAGUCGCGCAAGUCAAAGAGCGGUGGCAAGAAGGAUCUUACGACGGUGGAGGAAUCCUCUUCGGCGGCUCCGGCAAGUGUCAAAGCUGAGGGCAGCGACGAGAUCACUUCCGCGUCUGCGCCACCCGCAGCUCACUCCGCAGAACUCAAGGCUGGGAUGGAGGACAGCGACCUUGCUGCUGCCGAAGCGCUCGCAGGCCUAUUUGGCGGUCCUGCUACCGGCGAGACAAACACCGCCGCGGACGGAGUGCCAGGCGAAGUGGAUGCAGAUGGUCGGAAGGCCGGCAAGAAGCGUCGUAGCAAGACAUCCGUUCCGGGCGAGGAAGGAGGCGCGGACGUGGGAGGAGGCAAGGGCCGCGGAAAGCAGCCUACCUCCUCUUACUGGUCCGUGGCUGAGCGAUACGAGUUCCUUCGUGCGCUCGUGACACACGGACCUCGAUGGGAAGUCGUGUCCUCCACUUUGGCGCAAAAGUCGACCGCGCAGGCACGCAACUACUUCGCACGAAACGAAGACGAGGUCGACUUUGCCGAAGCCGCAGCGCUCGCUCGCAGCCACGCCGACGCUCCCUUGGAAGAAAGAGAAGCCGCGGCGCUGGCCUUUGUGCGUCAACGCUUUGCCAGCAAUUCUGCUUCUGCCGUACCAUCACUGCCCUCUGCAGCAGGAAGCGUGCCAGCUCUGGCAUUGUCGGCGCCCGGCUUUGGCAACGAAGCUGUUCCUGGAACGACCCAUCUUCCUCCGCCGCCUGGCAUCUCUUCUUUCCAAGGCGAUGCGAUGGAUGCCAAGAUGCGGGACGAAUCGCCCGAGGCGGUCGCCCCUCGACGCGGCUUGCAGAUCAACUCGCUGCUCAACGACUCAGCCGAUGCGGCUAGCCACCGGACCGCGAGACGAUCUUCCCUGCACGAUUGGCACGCGGAACGAGGAGACCCGGCGCAUCCAGCCGCCAGCCGAGACGUCUCCGUGCCGCCUUCUCUCUACGCGAGGCAGGGACGCGACCUCGAUGCGAGACCGCUCACUGCCGACCAUCUCGAAACCGGUCGUCCCGCCACUUCCGAUGGCCGAACGAUGCGGGACGAUCACGAUGGGAGAGCGCGUGCGUACGAUCGUCUCGAUAUGCACAGAUCUGCCGCUGAAGGGCGAGACCCGCGAGAUGACGCGGUCGACUCGAGGCCCUGGAUGUACGAUUCGCCAUAUGACGCACAUCGCCGACCCAUGCCUUCGUCAGGCUACGCAGCUAUGGCGCCGCCGACCCAUCCGGCUGAUCGCAGCUCGGCCGCCUCGCGCUACUCGAUGCCACCCAGCAGCGUCUCUAGCGCCGGUCACGUCGCCAGGUCGGCACCGCCCAUGCACAGCCACCUGUCUUCGAGCGAUGAUGUCGAAGCGGAGCGCGAACGUGAUCGUGAACGCGACCGUGCUGGAUACAACAUGUACGGCGCAUCGGGUCGAUCUCGCGAACACGAGUCGCACAGCAUGCCGCCUUCCGUGCCUGGCGAGCAGCGUCGUGCCGUCAGUGGGGAGCAGAUCUCACCGACUGGCGCCCACUUUGGCACGAGUCACGGCUACAGCCGUUACCCAACAACUGGCGUCGGGAGCGUGUACGCGAGCACCACGGCAGCGUCUGCUGCCCUCGCCUCGAGGAACAGACCUACCAACGGACCACUCACGGCGCCGUUGCCAUCGACGUCCGAGCGACCAGCGUACGAGCAACGUUGGCGGGGCUACUCGCAGUCUCCUGGACCCACGUCCGCUGGCUCGAGCGCAGCUCACCUCUCGUCCUCUUCGACGGGUGGCUACUCUACCGCCAGCGCCUAUCGAUCGUCGAACAGCCCUUACUCGAGCUUCCCUUCGCAAAGUCUGCCCCGACCCUCCUUGCCUUCGCUUUCGGCGAGUGGUGGAAAGCCGGGUGCGCCGCACCUGCCGUCUUUGGGAGCAGCAGGACGUUCGUUGCCGCCCAUCUUGGGCACGUUCCCAGCAUCCGGGCGCAGCGCUCUCGGUGCUGGAUCGCGGCCAGCAGGUACGGGCGAAGAGGCGAGAUACUGGCCCUAUCCACAUCGCCCGCGAGGCCACGAUCAGGGACCGUCGAGCCGCACUCCCGAGUAG